AUGUCUGUCAAGACAGUGGGCUAUAUCGGCCUGGGCAAGGCUGGCGCGUCUAUGGCGUCGAACCUGCCGAGAGCGGGUUUCCAUCUGGUUGUGAGAGACGCCGACCCUGCUCGGGAGCAGAAAUUCGCACAGGAUAAUCCCAAUACGGUGGUUGCCGAAGCUGGCCCUUAUGGUUUCGAAGAUUGCGAUGUCGUCGUAACCAUGUUGCCUCAAGGGAAGGUGGUCAGAGAGGUGGUAUUGGGUGAGAAUGGAAUUGCCAAGGGAUUGAAGCCAGGCGCAAUCAUAGUCGACACAUCAUCCUCAUCCCCAUUCGACACGCAGCGGCUCGGCGAAGACCUGGCCUCAUUGGGCUUCGUACUGAUCGACUCGCCCGUAACUCAAGCCCACCUGCACGACACCGACACCGGCAACGCGACAUUAAUGGUCGGCUCAAACUCUUCAGACGCCAUGGCCAGAGUCCUUCCGGUCCUGCAGGCGAUGGCCAAAUACGUGUUCCACAUGGGCAAGCUGGGGUCCGGACACGCCAUGAAGACGCUGAACAACUACAUCAGCGCGGCGUCGAUCGUGGCGCUUUCCGACGCUCUUAUAACGGGCCAAAAGUUCGGCUUAGACCCAAUACAAAUGAUCGACGUGCUCAAUGUGGGCACAGGCCGCAACUUUUCCACCACCGACAGCUAUGCCACUGACGCCUUGCCGCGGAAGUAUGCGUCGGGCUUUCAGUUGGCGCUGUUGAUCAAGGAUGUGGGUAUUUCCAAGGAACUGUUUGAGAAGAUCGGCUUCGACACCGACAUGCCGGAUUUGAUCCUCAAAUAUUUCAGGGACGCUAUGGAUAUGUUGGGCGAGCCGGCCGCGGAUCAUACGGAACUUUUGAAGAAUUGGGAGAAGAGGGCCGGUGUGGAGUUGAAGACUGGAGAGCCGAAUGGGUCGAGUGUAACUGCUUUGAAGAAGUGA